AUGGGAACAGCACAAGAUCGGUUAAAAUUCAAUGUAGGUGGCAGGAUAUUCGAGACGACCAAGACCACGCUGGCAAGUGCUGGGUCUAGCUCAUUCUUUUCCGCUUUGCUCGCAGAUAGAUGGGACUUCCAGCAGCACAACUCUGGCACUGAUGAGAUAUUCAUCGACCGGGAUCUCGAGUGCUUUGGUAUCCUCCUGAAUCUCCUCCGCACCGGACAUCUUUGUGUCCCAGAUAGCAUACCGAAGGAUUCCGUCUGUGAAGAAUCUGAAUUUUAUGGCCUUCAGGGCCAUCUCCGGGCGGCUGUAAGAGGUAAUUUGAACGGAAAUCUUCUGCGGUUCUCGCAUUCGGUGACGAGCCAUGCCUCGGGAAAGGGGAAUAUGAUUCGUGCUAGCCCGACCGGGGGCUUCUGCGUUGCCCAUGGCAAAGUGGUGCAUACAUACGACGACUGGAAUAUAGUGGGGUAUCCUCCAAUAUGUCUCAACAAGAACAGCCGGAUUUAUGAUAUUCUUUGGUGUGAUUCACGGAAUGUCAUGAUAUCAACAUCGAAUAACAUUGGACUGUUCAACUCAGUAACUGGGGAAUUAAGCCAGUGGUUUUCAGGGAUAUUCCAGUCUCCUGGGCGUGUCCUUCACAAAGCUCUCUGUAUGAACUCAAAUAACGAGGUAUUCUCAAGCGCUUCAUCGGAAACCACUGGAGAGUCUGCCGGAGUAGCAGUUUGGGACCCAAUAAAGAGCGUGCUGAAACGUGCUAUUGAUUGGGAGUUUAGAAUGGUAACAAAGCUGCAAUGGUUAAGUUGGAUGAACUGUUUGUUCGCAUUCGUUAUCAAGGCCAACGGGGGUUAUAAGUUUUCCUUCGUGGACCAUAGGACGAAGAAUGCUACCAUUAACAGUGUGGACUUUGAUUCAUGGAAAGUCAGAGUCGUAGAUAUGGCAGCGAAUGAGACCAGGAAUAAAAUUUGCUUAAUAGAUGAGCACUUUAACGUGGGCAUACUGGAUCACCGGGUCCCGAACUGGACCGCUUUUUGGAAGAGCCAGAAGCUGGUUGGCCAGAAAGACAAUAAUACCCCUAAGUCAAUCCAUUGUCACGGGGGUCAACUGUACGCAUGCACGAGGAGCAAUGUGCACGUAUUCUCUGGUUCUGACCGGAUCCUCACAUCAAAGUUUCAGGCAAGUGGUGGUCGUGGAGGUUCGAUAUGUGAUAUGUCUAUCGGUGGAGAUCGCCUAUUUACAUUGCAUAAUGAUCCGGACGUAGUCAACGUAUGGGAGUCUCCUCGCACUUGA